AUGGCUUCGAUCUUGCCCCUCUUCCCAAAGUUUGUCUUCACAGUCUUGGAGCCUAUUUCACUUUUAGCUGCUUUUAUAGUUGCAAUGAUUUCCCCAGAGUGGUUUAUUCAGGAGCAGGUUGUAAUUUCGCGUCACCUACCUAUUAGUGAUAAUGCACGGGCUGUUGCGCUACAACUAGGCAUGGUAUAUCUUCUGAUGGCCAUGGUAGAAAUCGCCAUUCUUAGCGGUACGCAGGAGUCGAAAGUCGUUAGGAACUAUCUCUUUGCUUGUUGGUUGGGUGAUAUUGGUCAUUUUGUUGUUACCUACCGUGUCUUGGGAUGGGAAAGGGUCGGAAAUGUCACUCAAUGGAAUUCAAUGACUUUUGGAAAUAUAGGAGUAACGGUAUUCUUGUUCUUGACACGUUCGGCCUAUCUUCUUGGCCUGUUCGGCCCACACAAGAAAGGUGCCGCAAAGCUUGCUUGA